UCGCGCUCGCUGCGCAGGCGCGGGCUCGCGAAGGAGGCGGGGCCAGCAACAGCGCCACUACCACCAAUACUACUCGGCCUCGGUUCGCUCCAGUCAGGCACCAUGAAGCAGCAGCCGGUUGCCUCCUCGGCGGCGGCCAACGCGGGCGGCAACACCGCGGUCCCGGCCUUCCUGAGUAAGCUGUGGGCCCUGGUGGGCGACGCGCCGAGCAACCAGCUCAUCACCUGGAGCCAGAAUGGCCAGAGUUUCCUUGUGUUGGAUGAACAAAGAUUUUCCAAAGAGAUUCUUCCAAAGUAUUUCAAGCACAACAACAUGGCAAGCUUCGUGAGACAACUGAAUAUGUAUGGCUUUCGUAAGGUAGUCCAUAUUGACUCAGGCAUUGUUAAAUUGGAAAAAGAUGGUCCUAUUGAGUUUCAGCAUCCCUACUUCAAGCAAGGACAGGAGGAUUUACUGGAGCACAUUAAAAGAAAGGUUUCUUCUUCAAGGCCUGAAGAAAAUAAAAUUCGUCAGGAAGACCUGUCUAAAAUCAUAAGUAAUGCACAAAAGGUUCAAAUUAAACAAGAGACGAUUGAAUCUAGGCUCUCUGCUUUGAAGAGAGAAAAUGAAUCUCUUUGGAGGGAAGUAGCAGAACUGAGAGCAAAACACCUGCAGCAACAACAAGUUAUUCGCAAGAUUGUACAGUUCAUUGUUACCCUUGUUCAGAAUAACCAGCUUGUGAGUCUGAAACGCAAACGUCCGUUGCUUCUGAAUACCAAUGGAACUGCAAAGUCAAACCUAUUCCAACAGAUAGUCAAAGAACCAACAGAAAGCAAACACCACCUUGUAAAUGGUCAGGUACCUCACAACAGGACUGAUGGUUUAAAGCAGAGAGAACAGAUGUCUGAAGAUAUUAUUAUUUAUGACAUCACUGAUGAUGAUAUUGGUGAUGAAGAAAAGGCUCCAGUUACUCCAGAAACCAGUGAAGACACUGCUUCAGAUUCCAACUACAGUCCUGACAUUGUAAUAGUAGAAGAUGACUGUGAUGAUGACUACGUACCUGUUAUUCAAGAAAAUGCAAAUGCUGAACCAGUCACCAUUCCAUCACCUGAGGGUAUCAGUCCUUCCACAGAUGAUACAAGCCCAUUAAUGUCCAGUGCAGUUCAGUUAAACAGCCAGUCAGUCUUAACAGCAGAAGACCCGGUUUCAAUGAUGGACUCUAUACUCAACGAGAAUGGAGUGAUUUCACAGAAUAUCAAUCUUCUUGGAAAGGUGGAACUCCUGGAUUACCUUGAGAGCAUUGAUUGCAGUUUAGAGGAUUUCCAGGCUAUGCUCUCAGGACGGCAGUUCAGCAUCGAUCCAGAACUUCUGGUUGAUCUUUUUUCAAGUUCUGUGCAGAUGAGUCCUACUGGUCAUAUCAAUACUACAAAAGUAGAAACAAAGGGAAUUGAAACUAUGAAGGCUAAUGGUGCUCAACGGACAACACAAGAUGUGCCUAAUUCUAAGCUCAAAGCAGAUAAACAGCUCAUUCAGUACACUGCUUUCCCCCUCCUUGCACUCCUUGAUGGUAGUCCAGGCUCAGCAGUGGAAAGUGCAAAUGUGGCAACCGAACCCGUGUCAUCCUUAGAGAAACCAUUGGAAGUAGAUGAACUGCUGGAAAGCAGUCUUGAUCCUCAGCCGACCCAAAGCAAGCUUGUUCGCCUGGAACCGUUGACAGAAGCAGAAGCCAGUGAAGCUACAUUAUUUUAUUUGUGUGAACUUGCCCCAGUGCCCAUGGACACAGAUAUGCCAUUGUUAAAUAACUAAUGACAUUUAAAACAAACUAUUUAUUUAGGGUGUUGUUUCGGAUUUAUCUUUUGUAAAUUGCAUUUUGUGAGAACUACUAAUGUGGAACCUAAAACAGUUUGGUCACUUUCCUCACAAAAUCAGCGAUUGAAACAUUUAUCCAGGCCAUCAACGUUAUAUCCACACUAGUUCAUUACAUUCUAGUGCUGUAAUGUUUGGAAUUAUAUGUAUUCAGAAUAUAGCAGGUAAUCAAAUGCUCUGUAUUAACCAUUAACGGUUUUUCUUGUUCACCUUUGGUCCUGAUGUAUGACUGAUGAAAGUAAUUCUGGAUGGAGGUUAUAGCACUCCAAAGUUUUAUUCUUCUGUACUUUGUUUUCUAUUUUUACAACUUUGUUUAAAUAAAACUGUUAAGGGACCAGAA